AUGUGCCACGCUUUGUGGUACCUGCGCGAUGUGCUAGAUGACCCUGUCAAGGUUGAAGCCCCAUAUGGUUUCCUCGGCUAUUCCUACAGGCCUCUAUCGGAGUGGCCAGGUUCGUGUAAGACGGGGAAACGCAAAGCCCUACCCGAUGCCUUUGCGGAAGAAGUCCUCCGGGCUGCUAGCAGGAAGCGCUCCAGUGUUGCAGAGGGGAUCCGACUAAAAGAUGCCGGAGCGAUCAAGAUUUGGGAGGCGACCUGGGCCGUUUCGGAAAUGGUUCUGGACGUUGAUAGUUGGUGCGCGUUUUUGACCAAGAUCCGGUCGGGACACUCCUUCACAAGGAAGGACUACGACGAUGCGUGUCUCACUAUCUGGGAAGAGAGGUCAUGGGUAUAG